AUGCUCGGUUCUUUGUGGUGGUGCUGCGAUCCACUGAAACAAGACGUCAUCACAGAGCUUUGUGGCCUGUUGAGAGCACCAACCGCUGCAGCGUCACAGGGCCGUGCUGGCCAAUUCUUCACUGAAGUGGAUAGGCGCACGAAAUGGGAUGUGCUGGCCUCCGAAGUUGAUCCCGAGAAGCGGAAGAACCUGAGCAGAGCGCUUCGGCACUAUGCCCUGGUUCAUGGCGCACACUUGGUCCUGUGCUCUCUCAAGGAGAAGGCCUCUCUGAACGCCAUGCGAAGCGUCCUCCGGCAACUGCUCUUCGGCGUGGCCCCCAAAGGUGGCCUGCCCGAGCAGCUGGACCACUCAAAGCCGGUUUGCGUGGCUGCUGGGAAGGACUCCGUUCAAAGUAUUGGUCUUCCAUCCGGUGGCCAGGCAAGUGAGAGAGCCUGGCGCGAGUUUAUGCAGCAUCUCUUCCCGGACCCUUCGCCUUCUUCCAAAGGCAAGAAGAACGACACAGAGCAGCCCAUCACAUCUGCGGCCGCUUCACAGUACAAUCAUGGCGAUCUCCGCAUUUCUGUGCGCAGCCUGGCUGGGGACAUGCUCUGCUGCCUUGCUGCGAAUCGGCAGGAACCGAUUGAGGCGCUGAAAGCCUUGGUGGCGGCAAAAUGCGGCAUCUCGGUCUUCGAGCAGCGACUCGUAGUCGACGGGCGGGAGCUCCAGUCGUUGAAGGAUUUGUCGCCCGACAUAGAGCUGGACAUUACUCUUCUGCGCCGUCCGGCUGCGCAGGUGGAGUGGCUGGAGAAGAUUGCCCAGAAGGCGGAUCUGUCGAAAGCGCCGGACCUGAUCAGGGACGACCGAGAAGUCCUGAUGACUGCCGUUCGUUUGGAUGAUGACGCGCUGCAAUGGGCUUCACCAGAUCUGCUUGGCGAUCGGGGCCUGGUGCUGGAGGCCGUGCAGAGGUGCGGUUUCGCGCUGGCGUGCGCGGAUCGACCCUUGCAGGCAGAUCGUGAGGUGGUGCUCGCUGCCGUGGCUCGACAUGGCCUAUCCUUGGAAUUUGCGGUGCCAGAACUUCGUGGCGACGCGGAGGUGGUCUUGACGGCUAUUGGACAGGAUGGCAAUGCGUUUCAAUUCGCCAGUAUGGACCUGCGCUGCAACCGGGACUUUGUGCUGAAGUCAGUGCGCCGGAAUGGAUAUGCGCUGACGUACGCCAGCCCGGAGCUGCGUGGAGACAGUGAGGUUGUUCGCGCAGCCAUUGAGACAAUGGGCUGGAUCUGCGAAUGCGGGAAGCAGUUGGCCCAGUUUGGCGGCUGGGCCUUGCAAUGUGCAGACCGGAAGUUGCAGGCCGACCGUGCUCUGGUCCUUUCGGCAGUCCGCCGGGACGGCGCAGCGUUGGCCUUUGCCAGCCCGGAUCUCCAACACGAUGACGAGGUGGUGCUGGCAGCUGUGCUCGAGUCGGGGAUGGCAUUGGAACACGCUGCUGUGCCCUUGCGUGACGAUGAAGCUAUCGUCGUUGCAGCGGUGCGAAAGCACGGUGCGGCGCUGCGCUUUGCUUCGGAGCGGCUUCGAGGCACCCGCGAGGUUGUCUUGGCAGCCGUUCACUCGGAUGAAACAGCCCUGACUUGGGCCUCAGAGGAGCUGCGCGCUGACAAGUUCGUGCGCCGAACCGCUGCUUCAGAGCGCCUCAGCAGGCUCUGGCUGAAGGACGAGAAGGAGCCAAUGGAGAUGAGGCCCGCAAGGAGGGGCGGGAUAUCCCGCCAUGCUCGAUUCCUCGCAGCGGCAUCAUCUGCACCAGCCUGGAUGAAGCAUAUCCGGCAGCUUGCAGCUAGGCCUUUCGACAAGCCCAGAUGCAAAAAGGUGGCCGAGGAACUUUACAAGUACCCAGAGAGCAGCAUUGAUGGCAUGGUGGAGCAAAGGGUGGAGGAGCUUCAGCAGUACCGGCGGCAGGUCGAGCGUAAUCAGCGCUUGGCGUCCGAGGGCAUCGAGGGCAACAAGGUCUCGGUGCUCAGUGUUGCUGCAUAG